AUGUUGGGUGCGCAGAUUACCAAGAACCAGGAGCUGAAGGCGAAUUUCAGGGGUGUUAUGAUCUUUUCUGGUGCAAUCGACCCGUCUGCUGUCAACCAGGGAUGCGUGGAUAUGGCAUCUCAGCGCAGUCUGGUGCCUCAGGAUAUAUUAAAUAAAAUGCAAUCGGAUAUGAAGGUCUGUCAAGCGGCACUCGCCGAUUGCAACUCCAAUGGUCCUGGGAAGCCUUCCAAAGAAGAUAAGUGUUUUAAGGCCGCGUUGUGGUGUGAUGAUGCUACUGCUUUCCAACUGGAUGAGAUUCAUAGAAGCGUGUGA